GAUAAGGCACUCGUGAAUUGAAGAAAACGAUCGCUUACUGAUGACUCGAAUGCAUGGCGCCAAGGUUGCGGCGAGGACCGCUGCGGACCCGACUAGCUUCCUUUGGGAUUCUUUGCCUGGUCGCAACCCACUUCAUUUAUAUCGGCAGCGCUUGCCUUGAGCAGAUUAUCAGUCAUUGGUGGCUGUACGGAAACCAGAUCGAGGAGCCUAAAACGACUCCGACUCAAAUGGGCUCCGGCUCAAAUCGUAUGCGAUCUGGGAACGGGCAAGCAAUAAAGAAUCCAUCAGCCCCUAGCGAAUCGCAGCAAAUCGCAGCAAAUCGCAAGCGACACUCCAUUUUAUAUCACACUAGACAACUCCAUACGUGCUAUGUAGGGUGGGUGUAAGAAAUGAAAUAAAUAGGAGUCUGUAAAUUACCGAAUU